GCAGGGAGCGGAGCACAGGAGCCGCCCGGCCUGUCACUCGGUCCGUCUGUGCUGCAGACGGCAGCUCCUCCCGAUCCGCGCGCUGCAGGGACAACCCCAGAGGCGAGGUCAGCAUGGCAGGGCACCCUGACGUGGAAGGCUUGGAGGAGAGCUUCCGAAAGUUCGCCAUCCAUGGGGACACCAAGGCCACGGGACAGGAGAUGAACGGCAAGAACUGGGCCAAACUGUGUAAAGACUGCAAAGUUGCUGAUGGCAAAAAUGUCACGGGCACAGACGUGGACAUUGUCUUCUCUAAAGUCAAGGGGAAGACUGCCCGGGUCAUCAAUUAUGAGGAGUUUAAGAAGGCCCUGGAGGAGCUGGCUGCAAAGAGAUUUAAGGGCAAGGACAAGGAGGAGGCAUUUGAUGCCAUCUGCAAGCUGGUGGCAGGCAAAGAGCCGGCCAACGUGGGCGUCACCAAAGCCAAAACGGGAGGAGCCGUGGAGCGCUUGACUGAUACUAGCAAGUACACCGGCUCCCACAAGGAGCGCUUCGAUGAAAGUGGCAAAGGAAAGGGCAUCGCAGGGCGGCAGGACAUCCUGGAUGACAGCGGUUAUGUGAGCGCCUACAAGCAUGCAGGAACCUAUGACUCCAAGGUGAAAAAGUGAGGCCCAGGCAGCCGCCUCCCCCCUACCCGAGGGGCCAGGCCCAGGCCCGAAGGGUACAGGAACGGUGGGGAGGACGGGGACCGACCACCUCCCCCGCCUCGGUGGCUGAGUCCCACCCCAGCAGACCCCAUGCUGUCCUGACUUUGUGCCCUGUGCCUUCAAUCACCUGCCCAAGUACGGGUGCCCCUUGGGCCUGCCAGGGCUCUCACCCAGGCUCGUCCCGCUGCCCCCUUCUCACGACCCUUCUGGGCAGAGCAUGGGCCCAGGCCCUGUAGCAAGGAUUCCCACCCUGAAGGGAAACAACUGGCCUGUCUUGCCACCUCCCCCAUCCGCUUACCCCAUAUUUAAACUGCUGACCCUGGACCAGUACCUGCUCUGUACUCAAAACCCAAUAAAGAAAGCCUUUUGUACUCACA